AUGGCUCCAUCCAUUCCGAAGGUUGCCAUCCCUCCAGAGAAAUGGACGCAAACCGUCUAUUCGACGCCCGAGCCCUCUCUGGCAAAGGCUGAUGCCGACAAGUUGCAGGCUAUGAGCUUCGACCCAUCCUUCUACAGCAGUGCAUUCUUGCAGUGCAUGGGCCGAGGACUUUCUCAGAAGGAAUGCAUUGCCAGCCUUCCAGCCGUGGACUCUAAGCUCACGCCAUGUGGACCGCUCUCCGACGCUGCAGCCAGCGACGCAAUGUCAAGUGCAAUUGCCUGCAUAAGUGCCAAUGGGGGUGACGUCGACAAAUGCACCACGCAUUUCGAUGCUCUUAGCAAGCUGGCGGGCUACAAGGAGGAAGAAAAGAAGUCUUCGUUUCAGAAAGCAUCCGAGACUUGCUCAAAGGCUGGCUGGAAGCUGCUCGCAGUGCCUGCCUUGUAUGUGGGCAUGAAGUUCAUCAAGAUCAAGUGA